AUGUUGUCCAGAACCGUCUUUAGAACUGUUGCUCUAAACAGAACUUUGCUUUCUGCGCCUGCUAAGACGCUUGCAUUUUCUGCCCCAAGACUCUCUCGCUUCCAGUCUGUGAGAAAGUACUCGGACCAUCACGAGGAAGAAACUUUCGAGGAGUUCACCGCUAGAUACGAGAAGGAAUUCGACGAAGCCUACGAUCUAUUUGAAGUGCAAAGAGUGUUGAAUAAUUGUUUUUCCUACGACUUGGUCCCAGCUCCAGCUGUGAUCGAAAAGGCGUUGAGAGCUGCUAGAAGGGUAAAUGACUUGCCAACGGCCAUCAGAGUAUUCGAGGCUUUGAAGUACAAGGUCGAGAAUGAGGAUCAGUACAAGGCCUACUUGGACGAGUUGAAGGAGGUCAGAACCGAGCUAGGCAUUCCUUUGAAGGAGGAAUUGUUCACUGAGUCCGCCUAA